GAAAAAUUAUCUGGAGCCCUGAUACUGGGAUAUUGCUAAAAGUGGCAUAGAACUAAACUUGCUUACUCACUCAUUUUUUUAAUGUGUUAAGGCCUAAAAAAAUAGUUUCCGAUUACCUGACCUACCCUUAAAUUCUGGUGCCGACCAUAUUCUUUUUAGGCGAUAUGAAUAAAUUACGCUUUCGGAUUCCAUCAAUUUUUCCUGGCACCAAACAGACAUUGGUAAUUCUGAUAGAGAAUGUUGACAUGAUGGCUGCAAACUUGAUUGAAUAAACAAUUACACAUGGAUAAAUGUGUUAUUAAUUUGCACUUGACUCCUAAAAAAAUCGGAACCACAACAUUUUUUUAUUUGGCCUAAACAUCAGUGGAAAUUGUGGUCAAAUUUCCCCUAUCUUCUGCUCCAGUAAAAUGGCCGAGUCGAAACACUUUUUGAGACUAAUGCUCAGCUAACAGAUGUACUAACUCGAAUAGAAUUGUUUCCGCUGCCAAUCAACUGGCAGUCAAUGAAGGUUUUGAAUGUUCAACAUGGCUGAAUGUUUCUGCUUCUCGUUGUUGUGAAUACUGAUAUCGUGAUAACUUGCAUGAACAGACGUUUCAUUCCGCGAUACCACGUUUAACGGAACCGUGUCACAGCUAAUAACGGAUUAAUGAAGAAAGUCGAGCACCACUCUGAGGAAUCUUUGACGUGAUGCUGGCAGAUAUAAUAGAAGGCAUGUCUGAAGACAGAAGAUUGGGAAUGAAUGAUUUGCGACGAAGUCAUCUGAUGGACGAUGAUGCCCGAGAAUUGAACACGAAGACAACGCUAGGACGGUCCAAUCUAGAUGAGGUACCUUCUCAAGGGGAGACAACUGCUGCUGCAACAGCUAAACUGUUUCCGAUUACUAUUAUGACAACAAGGAAGAAAGCUGUUUUGAACAACCCACCAUUGGGUCAGAUAGUGUCAGGGGAGACAACUGCACCAGAAAGUUUUGCCAUCAAACCAAACAAUGUAGUCGUAGACAAGCGGCCAUUGGUACCAAGUGCGAAGAAUGCUUCUGCUCAAAGGGAGAACGCUGUUUCAACCAAGCCGCCAUCAGUUCCUGUUGUGUCAAGGAAGACAACCGAUGCACCAGGAAAGCUCAUUCCUAAUCUGCCAAGGGAGGAAACAGUUGUCACUGACAAGCAGUCACUGGUAACAAGCAAGGUAAAUACUACUGUCCCAAGGGAGGAAACUGGUGUGGAACGACAGCCAAGGGAGACAACUGACACUGCUCCAGAAAGAAUACUGGUUGUCAAACCUGGUGAAACAACAGUUGGUAUCAACAAAAGACCAAGGGAGACGAGUGCUGUUGCUACAAAAGACCAAUCACUGCCUGUUGUAUCCGCAGGCGCACCAUCAUUUGUCCCAAACACAACAAGGGAGAGAACUGCUGCAGCAUCAGUUGUCCCAAACACAACAAGGGAGAGAACUGCUGCAGCAUCAGUUGUCCCAAACACAACAAGGGAGAGAACUGCUGCAGCAUCAUUUGUCCCAGUCAUAACAAGGGAGAGAACGGCUGCAGCAACGGAAACUCUGUACAGGGAGCUGCUGGAGUGUGAGAUCGUGAAGACAAAGAUGGAGACCGAGAAGUUGGCGCUCGAGAAGAAGAAGCUGGAGCUGGAAAUACAGCUGCUGCAAGCAGACGCCUCUCAAGUUGUCAACAUGGCCGACUUGAGCAAAUACCAGUAGGAGGUCAAGAAAACAAAACAUGCCUUGGGACCACACAGCCAUUUCAGGAGCAGAGGCAUCAAGUAGCUCAGGCUUCUAGUUGCUGACUUGAUUAGGAUGGUUGCCAUGGUUACAUGGGGCUAUUUGGUUGUGAUAUCAACCACUUCUUCAGUUAGACUUCACAGUUGAAAGACUUCUGUUUUUUAGCUAAAUCUCCAUGAUGCAGGGCUCGAUUUAAAGAAAUAAAACCUACUUGCACCUAGUGCAACCUUAGGUAGAAACUUGGCUGCAUCAGA